AUGUCGGUGCUUCUCUCUGCAGAGAUGGCCUGGUUGCCUUACAGUCGAGGUUCUCCCAAGCUGGUGCUGGUGGUGGUCUGCGUCGCUCUGCUGCUGGACAACAUGCUGCUCACUGUGGUCGUGCCCAUCAUACCAACGUUCCUGUAUGCCAUGGAGCACCCUAGUCCAGAACCGCAGACCGUCCAGCCGUCCCUGCGUGCUCCGCCAGCUGUGACCUCCCAGCCCUCCUCCUCCAGGUCUGAUCUCCAGACCUCCGGGUGGACCUCCCAGCUGUCUGCACCCAACAGGAGAACUCCAGUCCUUGGCCCAGAGACUCAGCAGAACCCCCGGCUGCCUCCGCUGGUGUCCCUAUUCGACAACAGCGCCGUUGACCUGCAGGGGGACCGGACGGAGGGCACCACAGACACAGCUCCGCCGGGCCUGACCGGCCCGACUGCAGAGCUGCUGCAAACCAACGGGACCGGCAACUCUACGGACUCCGGAUGUCUGCAGGACAGCGUCUUCCUGGAGGAGGAAAAUGUCCGCGUUGGCUUGUUGUUUGCCUCUAAAGCUCUGGUCCAGCUGCUCAUCAACCCGUUCGUCGGGCCGCUCACCAACAGGAUCGGAUAUCACAUCCCGAUGUUUGCAGGAUUCAUCAUCAUGUUUGUCUCCACCAUCAUGUUUGCUUUCUCAGGGACGUACGCCCUGCUGUUCUUCGCCCGCUCCCUGCAGGGAAUCGGCUCGUCCUUCUCGUCUGUGGCGGGUCUGGGGAUGUUGGCCAGCGUGUACACCGACGAUGACGAGCGAGGCGUGGCGAUGGGUGUCGCCCUGGGAGGACUGGCCAUGGGAGUCCUGAUCGGAGCGCCGUUUGGGAGCGUGAUGUACGACUUUGUGGGGAAGAGCGCCCCCUUCCUGAUCCUGGCCUUCCUGGCUCUGUUCGAUGGAGCGUUGCAGCUGUGCAUCCUGCAGCCCUCUAAGAUCUGCCCUGGGAGUGUGGAGGGAACACCUUUACUGACCCUCUUAAAAGAUCCCUACAUCCUCAUCAGUGCAGGCUCGCUGUGCUUCGCCAACAUGGGCGUGGCCAUCCUGGAGCCCACGCUGCCCAUCUGGAUGAUGCAGACCAUGUGCUCUCCGAAAUGGCAACUUGGCAUGGCCUUCCUCCCCGCCAGCAUCUCCUACCUGAUCGGAACAAACCUGUUUGGAGUUCUGGCCAACAAGAUGGGACGGUGGCUCUGCUCCAUGGUGGGAAUGUUUGUCGUUGGCGUCAGUCUGCUGUGUGUUCCUUUCGCCACCAGCAUCUACGGCCUGAUUGGACCAAACGGCGGCCUGGGCUUCGCCAUUGGCAUGGUGGACUCCUCUAUGAUGGCCAUCAUGGCUUACCUGGUCGACAUCCGCCACGCCUCCGUGUACGGCAGCGUGUACGCCAUCGCUGACGUGGCGCUGUGUAUGGGCUUUGCUAUAGGACCGUCCACCGGGGGCGCUCUAGUCCAGGCAGUGGGCUUCCCCUGUCUGAUGGUGUUCAUCGGGGUGAUCAACAUCCUGUACGCUCCGCUUUGCUUCCUGUUACGUAACCCAGCUGUUCGAGAGGAGAAAAUGGCAAUCAUCGACCAGGAGUGCGUGAUGCACCGGAAAAGCUACAACACCAACAGGGACAGCCGUGAGUUUCCUCUGAGUGACUACAGCGAAGAGGAAGAGACGGAGGAGUGAAACCCUCCGGGCUUUCGUUGUGAUGUCGUCUAAAGACCCAAUUUUAACUUCGGCGUUCCACUUCCUGUCGUCACAAUCAUGGAGAGGAAGGAAGGAGAGUAGUGUUUUACAGCUGCAGGGGAGAACCUGCAGGUCUCCUCCGUUAUUAAUGUGAAUCCUUUAGAGGACGCCUGAGUAUCUCCAGCUGAUGGUUCUGGUUCCACCUGUUUGUCUGUGUUCAGUUUGUGCAAAAAUAACAGGAUUCUUCA